CGCGUGUGCAAACCGCAGGGACGCGAAGACCAUGUACGCCUCCAGCCACCAGGGCUUCUCCGAGGAGCAGAUGCGCACCGCAAGGUCGCCCUCGACGAAGCCGAGCAACCUGCGCACGAGUACGAUCACCAACGUGAGCGAGUUCGCGGAAGUCAGGCCUCGCUCCCACGUGGACUACAUCCACCACAACACCGAACGCCUGCUCUCCACUGGCGUGCUCGUGCUGGGCAGCCGCGGCAAGGCGGAGCCCAAGGGGAACCUGGGCUUCGAGGGCGGCUGGGACGGCGAGGCUCCCAGGACGACGUACCAGGAGUUCACCAGAACGGGCUCCGCGCCGGCGCUGAGCACGAUGAGCAGGACGUGCCCAGAGGGCUUCGGGCUUCGCUGACCGUCCUGGCCACCCACCGGAACACGAGGGGGUGC